GAGAGAGUAAGAGAAGAGGAAGAAAGGAAGAGUGUCCGCUGCGCCGAUAUACACCUACCUCCAGGAAGGCAGCAGGCGCGCAUACAUACACACAUACACGUACGCGCGCACUCACACACUUACUCGCUCACCCACGCACCACCGUCGUCGUUGCCUCCUCCUUCUUUCACGAUGGCCACGGAGACGCCGAGAGAGCGCGAGAUCGCCGCCGAGGACAGCAUCAAAGUGGUCUGCAGGUUUCGGCCGCUCAACGAUUCCGAGGAGAAGGCCGGUUCCAAGUUCAUCGUCAAGUUCCCAUCCGGCGGCGAGGACAACUGCAUCUCCAUCGGGGGGAAAGUGUAUCUGUUCGACAAAGUAUUCAAGCCGAACGCCACGCAAGACAAAGUGUACAAUGAGGCGGCCAAGUCCAUCGUCACGGAUGUCCUGGCGGGGUACAAUGGAACCAUCUUCGCGUACGGUCAAACGUCUUCAGGUAAAACGCACACGAUGGAGGGAGUCAUUGGCGACCCCAACAAGCAGGGUAUCAUUCCCAGAAUCGUCAAUGACAUUUUCAACCACAUUUACGGCAUGGAGGAGAACCUGGAGUUCCAUAUUAAAGUAUCGUACUUCGAGAUUUACAUGGACAAGAUCAGGGAUCUCCUCGAUGUAUCUAAGGUUAACUUAAGCGUGCACGAAGACAAGAACCGCGUGCCGUUUGUGAAGGGCGCGACCGAGCGGUUCGUUUCUAGUCCUGAGGAGGUGUUCGAGGUGAUAGAGGAGGGCAAGUCGAAUCGGCACAUCGCCGUGACCAAUAUGAACGAGCAUAGUUCACGUUCUCAUUCCGUGUUUCUUAUCAACGUCAAGCAGGAGAAUCUGGAGAAUCAAAAGAAGCUUUCCGGCAAAUUGUACCUCGUCGAUUUAGCCGGUUCAGAAAAGGUUUCUAAAACCGGUGCUGAAGGAACGGUGCUCGACGAAGCGAAGAACAUUAACAAGUCCUUGUCGGCGCUCGGUAAUGUAAUUUCAGCUCUGGCUGACGGCAAUAAGACUCACAUUCCUUACCGUGACUCCAAGUUGACGAGAAUACUGCAGGAAUCAUUGGGUGGCAACGCCAGGACUACGAUCAUCAUAUGUUGCUCACCGGCUAGCUUCAACGAAUCCGAGACGAAGUCAACAUUGGAUUUUGGUAAACGCGCCAAGACUAUCAAGAACGUCGUAUGCGUGAACGAGGAGUUGACGGCCGAAGAAUGGAAGCGCCGCUACGAGCGCGAGAAAGAGAAGGCGGCGAAAUGGAAAGCCAAGGUGGACAAAUUGGAGGCGGAGUUGUCGCGUUGGCGGCAGGGUGAGACCGUCAACCCCGACGAGCAGGUCAACCUGGUCGAAGCACCGGAUGUUACCACACCAAUCAACGUCUCUAUAGAAGGCAAAUUAGAUGACAGUCCGAUGCCGGCCACUCCUGGUGGCGGCCUCAUGGCCGGUUCUCUUUCGAACGAGGAGCGACAGAAGCUCGAGGAGGAACGCGAGCGGCUGUACCAACAAUUGGACGACAAGGACGAGGAGAUCAAUCAGCAGUCGCAGUAUGUCGAGAAACUGAAGGAGCAAAUGGAGGAACAGGAGGAACUUAUUGCCAGCGCGAGGCGGGAUUAUGAGCAGCUGCAGCAGGAAAUGAACCGAAUACAGCAGGAGAAUGAGAGCGCCAAGGAGGAGGUGAAAGAAGUGCUACAGGCGCUGGAGGAGCUCGCGGUCAAUUACGACCAAAAGUCGCAGGAGGUCGAGCUGAAGAACAAGGAACAAGAAACCAUGACGGAGGAGCUCCUGGCCAAACAAGUGGCUCUCAACAACACCGCGUCCGAGCUGCAGCAGUUGCGCGACAUGUCUGCCCACCAGAGGAAGCGCAUCGCGGAGAUGCUGGCCAACUUCUUGAAGGACCUGGGCGAGAUUGGCGUUGCGAUCGGCGGCGACGAGAACUUGAAGGUUGCGCCGGAGAGCAACGGCAAGCUCGAGGAGGAGUUCACGGUGGCACGACUAUUCAUCAGCAAGAUGAAGUCCGAGGUGAAGAACCUGGUUCAACGGUGUCAAGGAUUAGAAAGCUUUCAAGUAGACUGUAACAAGAAAGUUUCCGAGUACGAGAAGGACUUGGCCGAGUGCCGGCUGUUGAUCUCACAGCAUGAGGCGCGUAUGCAAACGCUGACGGAAUCGAUGAAGGAGGCCGAGGCGCGCAAGCGAACCUUGGAGGAGGACGUGGACGCGUUGCGCGAGGAAUGCGCCAAGCUGAAAGCCGCCGAGCAGGUGCAGGCGGUCACCAACAAGGAGAAGGCCGAGGAGAAGGAAGCCGCGACGAAGAUGCGAGUGGCCCUGGAGGAGCAGAUGGAUCAGCUGAGAGACGCGCAUCAGAAACAGGUUGCCGCCCUCCGAGACGAGCUAUCCGAGAAGCAGGAGCUCAUCAGCGAACUGAAGGACCUGAACCAGAAGUUCACUCUGGCACACCAGCAGAUGCAAGCCGAUUAUGAGCGCCUGAAGCAAGAGGAGGCUAACAAAUCAGUGAAACUGCAGGAACUUAUGCUGUUGAACGAGCGUCGAGAACAAGCAAGGAAGGAUCUCAAGGGAUUGGAGGACACGGUAGCCAAAGAACUUCAGACUCUGCACAAUCUACGCAAGCUAUUCGUUCAAGACUUACAGGCUAGAAUAAAAAAGACCAUCAACGCAGAAGACAACGAAGACGACGGCGGCUCGCUCGCACAGAAGCAGAAGAUAUCCUUCUUGGAGAACAAUCUGGACCAACUGACGAAGGUGCACAAGCAACUCGUCAGGGACAAUGCCGACCUACGCUGCGAGCUACCCAAGCUAGAGAAGAGACUGCGGGCUACGAUGGAGCGCGUCAAAGCCUUGGAGACAGCAUUGCGUGAUGCCAAAGAGGGAGCAAUGCGAGAUCGUAAGCGCUAUCAGUACGAGGUAGACCGAAUCAAGGAGGCUGUUAGACAAAAGAAUCUGGCGCGUCGCGGACCGAGCGCGCAGAUCGCAAAACCAAUUCGCGCUGGUCAGCAUCAUUUGAGCACCGUCAGCAUCCGAACCGGCAAUCGUGAUUCACUUAAUUAAAAAAUUAAAAACGCUUGCAUUGCGUCGUUGUGGGUUUGUUCGAUUUUGUACAAAGGAAGUCGCCGCAGGCGGCUUUAGAGUAAGUGAGCAGUUUUUGAUACGAUUAGGGAAACCAGGGAGGUACUUUUUCUCCCUUUUGCCCUUUUUAGAUUUUGUUGUUAUCUCAAAGAAUGAGAGAGAAAUCAAGACGUUCUUAUGCAAACAUCAUAGAUAUUUUAAUAAUGUAUCUAACUAUAUUGAUCAAAUUAGAAAAUAAUGUGAUUCGUAAGGUAAUUUAUAUUUUAUAUUUUAGAAAAACAAUCGAAAUGUACCAAGUGUUCCCUAUUCCGAGAUACUUGAUCCAGGAAUGGGGGAAACUUGAUUCAUGGGGGAUUGUGUCACCCCUGUGUUAUAAUUAGUGCAAUAAAAGAUAUUAAAUAAU